AUGUCGCUUAAGUCUAAGUUGACUAGAUUUCAGAAGUUAUGGCUUUAUUACUUUCCCUGUGACAGCAUCCUCGCAAAGAGAAUAUGUAAAUCGACCGUUAAUUCUACAGUCGCUUUCAUAUUUUGCUUGAUUCCCAAGAUAACAGCGCAUUUGGGAGCAGCUCCUGCGAUGUUGCCAAUGAUUUCUGUGAUCGUUCACCCUGGAAGAAGGGUGGGAGGUACCAUUCAUGGUGCUAUUUAUUGCAUAACAGGAUUAAUAUUCGGACUAGCUUAUGCAAUCUUCGGUAGGUUUCUUGCCCAACGAUGUCUAGGCAGUUCUUGGCAUGAGCUAACAGAGGCACAGCAGCAUGUAUUGCACUAUAAAAGAUAUGAAGCAGGAUUAGCGAUUUUGGCUGUUUUCGAAGUGAUUAUGCUUUUUUUUCAUGGCUGGAUGAGAUCUGUGUCCCAUUACUAUUUCGGUAUUGUUUUCCCACUUUUCGUCGUGGUUCAUUUCGCAUUUAUGGAUCCAUUGAACGAAACAGCAGGUACUAUUGCUAAAGCUUACAGCACACCCUUCUACCUAGGUAUUGCGAUGUCAAUUUUUUGGAAUCUUGUAUUGUUCCCUGAAUGGGGGACUACAUAUUUGGGUAAUACAACUAUUGAUGCUAUGAAUGAGCUUCAUAAAUCCAUAGAUUACUCGAUAAAUUUUUUCAUUGCAGUGGAUCCGCACAAUAGUAGUCAGCUGUACAGUAGAGACCCCGUUUCGUUAGGUAAGCUGUUAAAGAUGAAGUCUUUAAUUUCUUCAAAAGUCAGUAACUGUCGAGUGGUUCUUCACGAGUGCAUUUAUGAGUUUACCUACGCCUAUGUAUCACCUACUAAGUUGAAACCAAUUAUUUCCACAUUGGAAAAUCUAACGGUCUACAUUAAUGGGCUAGUUAAUACAUGUCAACUGGAAUUUAUAUUACUAGCAAGAAAUGAUAAUAAAUUAAAGCCCGACGAUGUUGCGGCCUUAACGCUGCCGAAGAAUAAAGAAAUCAGCUUUGCAAAUGCUGAAAAAUUGUUAAAGGUUAUCGAUAAGCUGCAUCCAGUAAUUUAUAGUUUACAUCGAACAAUGAGUGAAUGCAUGUAUAUGGCGAAAUUGGUACUUGCUCACGCGUUUGAUGUUAAUGUCUCGAGGGUCCACUCUUGCUCAAUGUUUAAAGAUGGUAAUUUUCCCACAUUCAAUAACAAUGCCAAUAACUUGCCCAAUGAUGUUGACAUCCAGAAUAAGAUAAAUGAUCUGAAAUACGCAUUAGAGGAGUGUAAAGCAAAGUUCAAGUCAGAAAUGUUAGGAUUUGAUAUUGAUAUUAUGAGUCCCAGCGAUGAGAUGUUUUUGUUAUCCAGCUUUUUAUUGAACUUCAGACAGACCGCUGAUUCAACUUUGAUUAUUAUGGAAUCCGUCAAAGACAUUCUUGUGAAACGUCAGAUACAAGAGAAGAAAGGCUGGUUGAGAGGCAAGAGGCUUUGGUUCUUAGUAUUAACGAACUAUGAGACAUUUUCUAUCUGGCUAAAAGGUGAUAGGAACUCAGUGACUGAAAAUGAUACAUUGAAGGGCACUUUCAAUGGUACGACCAAUGGGUUUGCUCAUGACACAGUUAUCAGAAGACCGGAUUAUGAAGAGAAUGAACUUUUGUCUCAAAAAGUUUCAUCAAAUAAAAACCUUGCAAAAGAUGACACAUCGUUGGAUCUGCCAAUAACAAGUGAACCCAAAGGCAACUUCUCCUCUACGUCUGAUACAUCUUCCUCACCAUUGUCCUUGACAAAAACAACCACAUUUGGUACUAGUAAACCAUCCAAGAGGAAAAGUAUGUUUUCAUUUAUGUCCAUCCUGAUUUCAAUUGAUAAGUUUUGUGAAGUGUCGCAUCCCCAUUUUAGAUUCGGGUUUCAGGUAGCAAUUGCGUUAAUGCUGGCUUCUUUUCCUAUGUUUAUUCCAAAAACAAGGCAGUGGUACAUAGAUUAUCGUGGUACCUGGAUUGGUUUCGUGUGUAUACUAUGUUUGGAACCCUCUGUAGGAGGGACCUUCUGGGUUUUCUUUUUGCGUGCUGUAGGGGUUAUCUUCGGAGCGGCUUGGGGUUAUCUUUCAUAUGUUGCUGCGGUCCAUCAAACUAAUCCAUAUUUGGAAACAGUAAUUACAGUUUUUGGAGCUAUUCCUGGGUUUUACUAUUUGCUAGGUACACCCUAUGUGAAGGCUGCAAUCAUUGAAAUUAUUAGUAUUUAUAUUGUCAUGCUUGCAGCGAUACUUCCCUCCAAGGAUGACAUUCUGACCAGUUUUGCCAAGAGAUGUUUGGCUGUCGGUUAUGGUGGAGGAGUAGCAUUGAUAGUUCAAGUUUUUUUCUUUCCGUUGAAGGCAAGGGAGCAAUUAAACGAAGAAAUUUCUUUUGUUUGUGGCUGUAUAUCUGAAAUGGAACUUCUCUAUGCCACUGGACUAGAGGGAGAACAAGUCGCAAACAGUAUGAGCGAAGAGAAAUAUGCAAAAAUCGAAAAGAUAUCAAAAAGUGCUAAAGAAGCGUUGGCCCGUGCUGCUGCUUAUAAAGGAUUAACUAGACAGGAACCGAGAUUAAAGGGCGAAUAUACUGAGUUGGAAAAUGUGUUCACUCAAGUUAUAUUUAUUCAGAAGCAAAUCAUAGAGAGGAUAGAUACGAUAUCUUUGCUGCGAAAGCAAAACGGAAGUGCUGUUAUUGAAGAGUUUAACAGCGUCGUAUACCCGUACCGACGCCAAAUGGUGGGAAGUAUUUCUUGCUUGAUGAGGGCACUUCAAGAAGCAUUCAUAAAUAAGACCCCAUUGCCCCAAUUUUUACCCAGUGCAAGGAUUGCCCAUAGAAGAUUGAUCAAUAAAGUGCGUCAAACAUUGCGAAUAAAAUAUCCGGGACAAAUUCUAAAUUUAAGUGAUAAUGUAAGAAAGCUAAAUAAGGGAGGUUAUAUUGACGAUGAUGAAAAUGACGAUGAUAACGAAGGUUUAGUGAUGAAAAUGAAUAGGAGAGGGCAGCUCAACAAAACGACUAGUCCUCACGAAUACAUUUUGAAGGAGAAAUUUUUAAGUUGGAACGCAUCUAGUGCUGCAUCGGAAGAAAUAAUUGAAUAUAUUGAAGAGCUGUUAAACUUGACAAAAAUUUUGGUUGGUGUAAAUGAGUUCAAAUAUGGGUUCUUGUCGCGUCCACUUUAUGAGGAUUGGGCUGCAGAGGCAGUUACAGGUUUUGAUGAUUUCAUCAAUGGAAAAAGUAACGCCAAGAAUACACGGCGCAAUCCAACUCCAUUCGAUGGUACUUCUGUAAUUUCGGAACGAAAUGAGAGCUUGCAGAGUUCAAAUUCUAACGAAUCUCAAAUAUCUCCUGAUUCUACAAGAAGUUAUGAACCUGAAUAUCCCGUGGCAUAUCAAGAGAAUGAUAAUCCAGCAGUUUUGAAUCUAUCGCGAAUAGCUUCCCAUAAAGCAGGUCAAAACUCCGAUGGUUUGCCAAAGACGUUUAGAAAUAGAGCAUUUUCCAUAGCCUCUACUUCUGGUCAAUUGUCUAGCUUGAGCAGACAUAGUACUCUUGGUAAUGCAGAUCCCACUUAUCUAAAUGAUGAUGAGAGUUCCGAUGAUGAUUUGCCAUUAGCGUUGAAGAUGGUGCUAAGUCACAUGAAGGAAAAGAAGGACUGA